AUGCGAUACAUUCUUUGUGGACGUCGCAAACCGAUGGUGACUAAUCAGUUGGCUCCCAGACGUAAACAUCGAAAAGGAAUCCAAGACAGUGGCUUUUCAACCGACGCAGCGUCAACGUCCAGUAAAGAAUCUAGCAGCACGACCCCAUCUGCCACACAUAGCACUGGAGUCGUGCACGGACCAGGACCUGGACAAGGUGCCAAUGUUGCACUCGACGAAUUAUGGUCGCUUUUAGACGUUAUUCAUAGAAAAGGCACACGUCUACGGGACGAAGCCCAGCAAUUGCAGCAGCAGCAGGCGUCCUCCUGGACGCCAGGUGACCAGCUUCCAAUACAGGCGUCCAACGAACAGAAUGGCAUCCAUUUACAAAAUGGCGGCGCUGAAGCAUCUCGUCUUCGUAUCGCAUUGGACGAAGCUCUGAGACAAAGGGACGCACUUGAUCAAGAAUUACGAAAAUUAAGACUAUCUUCCAACGAAGAGCAAUAUGAAAAAGACAGAGAAGAUGAUGAGAAGAAACUGGAAGAAGAGAUUUCGUCCAGAAUUUUAGAUGACGCUUUAGGGCCAUUGCAACUUCCAUUGAAGGUUGAACCACCUGAUAGGAACUGGGUUAAGGCUGUGUUGUUGGAAAAUAGUGCACUGAGCUUGAAAAGACAUUUAUUGAAUGCUUUAGCGAAUAAUAAGACAUUACUGCACCGCUUGGAAAUCUCAGACAGAGCAAGACGAGUGCUUGAAGAUACUAUUGCUAAGUACAGAGAAGAGGUUGAUGAUCUACAUUUUCAGCUGGAGGAAAAGAAUAUCGAACUUGAAGGAACGCGCGCACGGAUUCGCAUUUUAGAGAACAAAACUAUAAACCGCUACAGUAGUUCUACUAAUGUAGUUUUGCAUGGAAAGGAUAUCACACACAACGAUGGAUUCAAGCCUAUUUCAAAUUCCAAUCAAGGGCAGUUGAUUGUAGUCAAGACACCAGCAUCACCAUACAGCAGUAGCACCGAAUCGGCUCACGACGUGGAUACAAAUCACAACGGUUUCAAUUCUACAAGUCCUAAACAUAGGCCAAGUAGAAUACCUCUACCUGGUCAUUCCAGGACUGCUUCAACGACUCCGUCCAAGCUGAAUGUUUCUCCAAAUAGAUCACUUAGCAGAGACUCCUGUAGAAGUGCCUCCAGCAUUCCAAUAGCCAAAACACCUCAUACCACUAUGAGGAACUUGAGCUCUCCAGUGCCUAGAUUGAAAAGAGAUUCCUUGACGGGGAGAAUAAGGAAUCAUGAUUCUUUAUCUAGAGUGCGAGAAAAAAACUUAAUUUCUAGCAACAAGAAUGUUUCGACUUUGCACAAGAAUGCAGGUUCCAAUACGCAUUUGGUUAGCGACAAGGUCAGACAGCAGAAGAUGCCCUUUUGGUCAAAUUGGUUUAAAAUGUUGGACAGCGGUGGGCAAUGAGAAUUUUUGAAGGAUGUUAAAAAAAUCUUGCCUUUUACAUAAUAGACUUGAUAGAAUUAUUAUUGUAUUAUUUAUUUCUAUUAAUAUUUGAUAUCUAUAUUUAGAUCAAUGAAUGCUACAUAUAUUUUCG